AUGGAGGAAUCCAGUAGCACAGCGGCAAUGCCACCACAGUCGGGAGCUACACCAGAGCUCAGCGCAACUGUUGCCAAUUCUUCUAUUGAUGCACAGCAGGAGCCUCAAAUCAAGUCAGCCAUGAGCAGAAAUCUGGUCGUUUUUGCCCUGGGUCUAGCCAUCUUGGUUGGAAUCCUUGAUGCUACCAUCGUAGCAACUCUCGUCCCAUCCAUCGCCGAUGACUUCAGCUCGGUGGGUUCUGCCAGCUGGUACGGCUCAGCAUAUCUCCUUGUUACAGGUGCCAUCCAGCCAACCUUUGGAAAGCUCUACUCGACAUUUCCAUCCAAGAUUGUUUUCCUGUCGUCGGUUGCACUUCUCGAAGUUGGAUCCCUCAUCUGCGCACUGGCAAAAGAUUCUCCCACCUUCAUCGGUGGCAGAGCUGUCGCUGGUCUUGGAGCUGCUGGUAUCAUUUCUGGCGGACUUAUCAUUACGGCUUUGGUCACCCCUCUCCACCAACGACCGAUAUAUACAGGCAUUUUGGGUUCACUGGAAGGCGUCGGAAUAGUCAUCGGUCCCAUAAUCGGAGGACAAAUUGCCAGCAGCAUUGGCUGGAGAUGGUGCUUCUGGAUCAACCUCCCUAUUGGGGCUGUCCUCUGCGCCAUCCUCGUCUAUUUCUUCCACCCACCUAAGCAAACGCCCGAGCAGAAGCAGCAGCAAGCUGGAAAGACGUGGCUGCAGAAAUUUCUCCAGCUGGAUGUUGAGGGUGGACUGGCCAUCACUGGCAGCCUGACCUGCCUACUCCUUGCCCUUGAAUGGGGUGGUGCUUCAUACCCAUGGGGAGAUGGUCGCAUCAUCGCCCUCCUAGUUAUAUUUGGAGUCUCUUUCAUUUGUGUUGGUAUUCACCAGCAUUGGAAGGGUGAAGCAGCCACAUUCCCCACGAGGCUACUCAAGAACAGAACAUUUUCCAUGUUUUUGAUCUGCGGCUUCUGCUUCGCUGGUGCCCAGUUCACCAUCCUUUACUAUUUGCCCAUGUGGUUUCAAGCUGUACAAGGAGUGUCAGCUGCUGAAUCUGGGACUCGACUACUUGCUAUGGUAGUUUCUGUCAUUGUAGUCGCUGUAUUCGCUGGAGGUCUCGCCGCAGUUGUUGGCUACCUUCCUCCCUUCGUCAUCUUUGCCACCAUUCUGUCAUCGGUGGGCGCCGGUAUGCUUUACACACUGCAUCCGGGUAUCUCAAAAGCCAAAUGGAUUGGAUACCAAAUUUUGUUUGGUGCAGGAUCCGGAACUGGAAUCCAGCAAGCUAUCGUUGGCGUCCAAGUUGCCGUUGAUCAUGCUGAUGUUGCUUAUGCCACUUCAUCUGUCAUGUUGGUCAACACUCUUGCGGGAGCAAUCUUCAUCGGCGUUUCGCAGACUCUAUUCCUCAACGAGAUGACAAGCGUCACCGACAUGAUUCCAGGCGUAGAUCAGGACACUCUUCUCAGCGGCUUUGAGUCCAUCAGGGACACGCUUAAUGCACAAGAUCUUGCCAUUACCAUUGGCGCCUACAACAGCGCUAUCACUCAGGCAUUCCUUAUCGGCCUUAUCCUCAGCUCGAUUACGCUCUUGACCUGGCCUUUCAUACGCUGGAUUCCACUCAAGAAGAAGGAGGAUGAUACUGGAAAGGCUAGUGAAGAGGGUGAUACGGUGACCCAAGAAGAAAGCAAGACCAUUCAACCAGAGACCGCCAAGGCUGAAUGA